AUGGUUCCUCUUCUUUACCUCGCUCUGCGAUGCCCCUCCUCCGCCUCUGAAAGCCGUCUCAGAUUCGCUUACAGAAACCGAUGCGUCGAGCUGCUGCAGUCCCCCCAGGGGCGUGAAACUUUCGACUGCAUGUCCUACGCUUACCAAAUUCUCGUCAAUUCCCCAUUGAGAGACCAAUACGACGAGGCCGACGAGCGAGACAGUGUCGAGUUUCUCACUGAUCUCGUUGAGCAGAAUGGAGGUGUUGUCGAGCCCACCGAAUACUUCAUGCAGCAAUGGGGUCUUCUUGGAACAGAUCGAUCGGAAGAGACUUUCAUUUUUAACAAGUUCUCAGAGCAGAAGGGUUGGGAACUUGAACAAAACUUCCUACCUACAGCCGAUACUGGUAUAUUCAAGCGUGUCUUCCCCACUAAGCAUGUUCCUGCAAUUGAGCUACAUCUGGUUAAGUUGAUGGACCCUUCUUUCCUGUCCAACGUUAUUGCCUCCGACGAAAGCCUGCAUUCUUUCUUUGAAGAGUCCAAGGUUGAUUUCUCAGCUCCUUUUGCAGCAGAGUUUCUUUACCUGCUGCAGAAUGAGCUGGUUGAGAGCCUUCACCCUCCUCCUACCAGCAAGGAGGUGGGCGUCAAGCACCUCCAUGUCACUGUUCCCCAGAAGAAGCACAAGUUCAAGGGUCCAGAGCUGCACUACUAUGCUGCUGCCAAGCGAGCAGAGCUGGCCGAGACCUGGUUCCUCAAGUCGUGUCAGAACAAGAACAUUCCCAAGACCACUUACAUGCAUAUUUUGUAUUAUGUGGUUGCAUGUGAGCUUCUGGGAAAGUUGGCUGCCCAGUGGCACAAUGCCGUGAAGUCUCAUCUCUCCCAAUCUGACCGCCUGGACGCUCUGUUGACCCAGCUCGAUGCAAAGACAAAUGAGUGGCUCGUGGAAGAUGUGAACUCACUGUCGGAGAACAUUGCCAAGACUGGAGAGAACGAGUACAACCAGAACUUCUUCAUCGACUCCGCCUACAACGGCUUCACAUACACAGAGCCUGCUAACCUGCCAUUGCAUGAGAGCCUCAGACUCUCAGAGUACAAGAAUGAACGAGGAAAUGGUAUGUGGACCGAGCGGGGUUUCUUCAAAGAUCUCCAGUUCCCCUUCCGAAACGAGUACUAUCGACUGUGGUAG